AAGUUAGAUAGGAGGCUCUAGUGAGGGUGGCUCAGUUGUUUUUAAGCUGGACUACAAAGGCCAACCUGCAUGUCUGGCACAGUCACCUCAGCUUCACAAGCAACUGGCAAUUUGUGGUGAUUUUGGUUGAGUUUUUGAAAUAGGUCCUGUUUUCAGAGCAGAGGACUCCUACAUGCACAGACACUUAUGUGAGUUUACAGGUCUUGAUGUUGAAAUGGAAAUUAAGGAGCACUACUCCGAGGUGAUGGAUAUUGUGGAUCGGUUAUUUGUUGCAAUGUUUGAUAGUUUGAAUGAGAAAUGUCAGAAAGAACUUGAAGACAUUGGGAAACAGUAUCCAUUUGAGCCUUUGAAGUACUUGAGAAAGACUUUACGACUUACAUUUCAAGAGGGGGUUCAAAUGCUAAAGUUAAGUUCAGAUUAUACAGGAAUCCAAGAAAAAUCCAAAUUAGAUAUUCUUCUUAUUUUCCCACUGUGCAUCAGCUUGCAAAUUCUAUCACAGAGCAAAAUCCCCUCAAUAAAAUGGUACCAAAGAAGACCUUCAACAAAAAGACGAGAUAGCAACUUCCCAUUGGCUGUAUUCAACAGAGUAACAGUAAAGAAGCUUGAGAGAGGUGGUAUGUACAUGGACAUCAGUGUGCAAGAGGAGGCAACUUUUGAAGGGAAGAUGGGAAAGAAGACUAAGAAAAAUAAGAAGAAUGAGGCUAGUGCUUCAAAAGAGGUGAGUGACUACAAUGGAGCAAUGCUUAAUGGGGUGGAGGAUGGUUUUGAACUGAGCAAAGAGGAUAAGAGAAGGAAGAAAGACAAGAAGAAAGCUGAAGUUUCUAGCGAUGUUGAACUUGAUGGUACUCAGAAUGAGGAUAUAGAUAUAAAGGACAUCAGUGUGCAAGAGGAGGCAAUUUUUGAAGGGAAGAUGGGAAAGAAGACUAAGAAAAAUAAGAAGAAUGAGGCUAGUGCUUCAAAAGAGGUGAGUGACUACAAUGGGGCAAUGCUUAAUGGGAUGGAGGAUGGUUUUGAACUGAGCAAAGAGGAUAAGAGAAGGAAGAAAGACAAGAAGAAAGCUGAAGUUUCUAGCGAUGUUGAACUUGAUGGUACUCAGAAUGAGGAUAUAGAUAUAAAGGACAUCAGUGUGCAAGAGGAGGCAAUUUUUGAAGGGAAGAUGGGAAAGAAGACUAAGAAAAAUAAGAAGAAUGAGGCUAGUGCUUCAAAAGAGGUGAGUGACUACAAUGGGGCAAUGCUUAAUGGGAUGGAGGAUGGUUUUGAACUGAGCAAAGAGGAUAAGAGAAGGAAGAAAGACAAGAAGAAAGCUGAAGUUUCUAGCGAUGUUGAACUUGAUGGUACUCAGAAUGAGGAUAUAGAUAUAAAGGACAUCAGUGUGCAAGAGGCGGCAAUUUUUGAAGGGAAGAUGGGAAAGAAGACUAAGAAAAAUAAGAAGAAUGAGGCUAGUGCUUCAAAAGAGGUGAGUGACUACAAUGGGGCAAUGCUUAAUGGGAUGGAGGAUGGUUUUGAACUGAGCAAAGAGGAUAAGAGAAGGAAGAAAGACAAGAAGAAAGCUGAAGUUUCUAGCGAUGUUGAACUUGAUGGUACUCAGAAUGAGGAUAUAGAUAUAAAGGACAUCAGUGUGCAAGAGGCGGCAAUUUUUGAAGGGAAGAUGGGAAAGAAGACUAAGAAAAAUAAGAAGAAUGAGGCUAGUGCUUCAAAAGAGGUGAGUGACUACAAUGGGGCAAUGCUUAAUGGGAUGGAGGAUGGUUUUGAACUGAGCAAAGAGGAUAAGAGAAGGAAGAAAGACAAGAAGAAAGCUGAAGUUUCUAGCGAUGUUGAACUUGAUGGUACUCAGAAUGAGGAUAUAGAUAUAAAGGACAUCAGUGUGCAAGAGGCGGCAAUUUUUGAAGGGAAGAUGGGAAAGAAGACUAAGAAAAAUAAGAAGAAUGAGGCUAGUGCUUCAAAAGAGGUGAGUGACUACAAUGGGGCAAUGCUUAAUGGGAUGGAGGAUGGUUUUGAACUGAGCAAAGAGGAUAAGAGAAGGAAGAAAGACAAGAAGAAAGCUGAAGUUUCUAGCGAUGUUGAACUUGAUGGUACUCAGAAUGAGGAUAUAGAUAUAAAGGACAUCAGUGUGCAAGAGGCGGCAAUUUUUGAAGGGAAGAUGGGAAAGAAGACUAAGAAAAAUAAGAAGAAUGAGGCUAGUGCUUCAAAAGAGGUGAGUGACUACAAUGGGGCAAUGCUUAAUGGGAUGGAGGAUGGUUUUGAACUGAGCAAAGAGGAUAAGAGAAGGAAGAAAGACAAGAAGAAAGCUGAAGUUUCUAGCGAUGUUGAACUUGAUGGUACUCAGAAUGAGGAUAUAGAUAUAAAGGACAUCAGUGUGCAAGAGGCGGCAAUUUUUGAAGGGAAGAUGGGAAAGAAGACUAAGAAAAAUAAGAAGAAUGAGGCUAGUGCUUCAAAAGAGGUGAGUGACUACAAUGGGGCAAUGCUUAAUGGGAUGGAGGAUGGUUUUGAACUGAGCAAAGAGGAUAAGAGAAGGAAGAAAGACAAGAAGAAAGCUGAAGUUUCUAGCGAUGUUGAACUUGAUGGUACUCAGAAUGAGGAUAUAGAUAUAAAGGACAUCAGUGUGCAAGAGGCGGCAAUUUUUGAAGGGAAGAUGGGAAAGAAGACUAAGAAAAAUAAGAAGAAUGAGGCUAGUGCUUCAAAAGAGGUGAGUGACUACAAUGGGGCAAUGCUUAAUGGGAUGGAGGAUGGUUUUGAACUGAGCAAAGAGGAUAAGAGAAGGAAGAAAGACAAGAAGAAAGCUGAAGUUUCUAGCGAUGUUGAACUUGAUGGUACUCAGAAUGAGGAUAUAGAUAUAAAGGACAUCAGUGUGCAAGAGGCGGCAAUUUUUGAAGGGAAGAUGGGAAAGAAGACUAAGAAAAAUAAGAAGAAUGAGGCUAGUGCUUCAAAAGAGGUGAGUGACUACAAUGGGGCAAUGCUUAAUGGGAUGGAGGAUGGUUUUGAACUGAGCAAAGAGGAUAAGAGAAGGAAGAAAGACAAGAAGAAAGCUGAAGUUUCUAGCGAUGUUGAACUUGAUGGUACUCAGAAUGAGGAUAUAGAUAUAAAGGACAUCAGUGUGCAAGAGGCGGCAAUUUUUGAAGGGAAGAUGGGAAAGAAGACUAAGAAAAAUAAGAAGAAUGAGGCUAGUGCUUCAAAAGAGGUGAGUGACUACAAUGGGGCAAUGCUUAAUGGGAUGGAGGAUGGUUUUGAACUGAGCAAAGAGGAUAAGAGAAGGAAGAAAGACAAGAAGAAAGCUGAAGUUUCUAGCGAUGUUGAACUUGAUGGUACUCAGAAUGAGGAUAUAGAUAUAAAGGACAUCAGUGUGCAAGAGGCGGCAAUUUUUGAAGGGAAGAUGGGAAAGAAGACUAAGAAAAAUAAGAAGAAUGAGGCUAGUGCUUCAAAAGAGGUGAGUGACUACAAUGGGGCAAUGCUUAAUGGGAUGGAGGAUGGUUUUGAACUGAGCAAAGAGGAUAAGAGAAGGAAGAAAGACAAGAAGAAAGCUGAAGUUUCUAGCGAUGUUGAACUUGAUGGUACUCAGAAUGAGGAUAUAGAUAUAAAGGACAUCAGUGUGCAAGAGGCGGCAAUUUUUGAAGGGAAGAUGGGAAAGAAGACUAAGAAAAAUAAGAAGAAUGAGGCUAGUGCUUCAAAAGAGGUGAGUGACUACAAUGGGGCAAUGCUUAAUGGGAUGGAGGAUGGUUUUGAACUGAGCAAAGAGGAUAAGAGAAGGAAGAAAGACAAGAAGAAAGCUGAAGUUUCUAGCGAUGUUGAACUUGAUGGUACUCAGAAUGAGGAUAUAGAUAUAAAGGACAUCAGUGUGCAAGAGGCGGCAAUUUUUGAAGGGAAGAUGGGAAAGAAGACUAAGAAAAAUAAGAAGAAUGAGGCUAGUGCUUCAAAAGAGGUGAGUGACUACAAUGGGGCAAUGCUUAAUGGGAUGGAGGAUGGUUUUGAACUGAGCAAAGAGGAUAAGAGAAGGAAGAAAGACAAGAAGAAAGCUGAAGUUUCUAGCGAUGUUGAACUUGAUGGUACUCAGAAUGAGGAUAUAGAUAUAAAGGACAUCAGUGUGCAAGAGGCGGCAAUUUUUGAAGGGAAGAUGGGAAAGAAGACUAAGAAAAAUAAGAAGAAUGAGGCUAGUGCUUCAAAAGAGGUGAGUGACUACAAUGGGGCAAUGCUUAAUGGGAUGGAGGAUGGUUUUGAACUGAGCAAAGAGGAUAAGAGAAGGAAGAAAGACAAGAAGAAAGCUGAAGUUUCUAGCGAUGUUGAACUUGAUGGUACUCAGAAUGAGGAUAUAGAUAUAAAGGACAUCAGUGUGCAAGAGGCGGCAAUUUUUGAAGGGAAGAUGGGAAAGAAGACUAAGAAAAAUAAGAAGAAUGAGGCUAGUGCUUCAAAAGAGGUGAGUGACUACAAUGGGGCAAUGCUUAAUGGGAUGGAGGAUGGUUUUGAACUGAGCAAAGAGGAUAAGAGAAGGAAGAAAGACAAGAAGAAAGCUGAAGUUUCUAGCGAUGUUGAACUUGAUGGUACUCAGAAUGAGGAUAUAGAUAUAAAGGACAUCAGUGUGCAAGAGGCGGCAAUUUUUGAAGGGAAGAUGGGAAAGAAGACUAAGAAAAAUAAGAAGAAUGAGGCUAGUGCUUCAAAAGAGGUGAGUGACUACAAUGGGGCAAUGCUUAAUGGGAUGGAGGAUGGUUUUGAACUGAGCAAAGAGGAUAAGAGAAGGAAGAAAGACAAGAAGAAAGCUGAAGUUUCUAGCGAUGUUGAACUUGAUGGUACUCAGAAUGAGGAUAUAGAUAUAAAGGACAUCAGUGUGCAAGAGGCGGCAAUUUUUGAAGGGAAGAUGGGAAAGAAGACUAAGAAAAAUAAGAAGAAUGAGGCUAGUGCUUCAAAAGAGGUGAGUGACUACAAUGGGGCAAUGCUUAAUGGGAUGGAGGAUGGUUUUGAACUGAGCAAAGAGGAUAAGAGAAGGAAGAAAGACAAGAAGAAAGCUGAAGUUUCUAGCGAUGUUGAACUUGAUGGUACUCAGAAUGAGGAUAUAGAUAUAAAGGACAUCAGUGUGCAAGAGGCGGCAAUUUUUGAAGGGAAGAUGGGAAAGAAGACUAAGAAAAAUAAGAAGAAUGAGGCUAGUGCUUCAAAAGAGGUGAGUGACUACAAUGGGGCAAUGCUUAAUGGGAUGGAGGAUGGUUUUGAACUGAGCAAAGAGGAUAAGAGAAGGAAGAAAGACAAGAAGAAAGCUGAAGUUUCUAGCGAUGUUGAACUUGAUGGUACUCAGAAUGAGGAUAUAGAUAUAAAGGACAUCAGUGUGCAAGAGGCGGCAAUUUUUGAAGGGAAGAUGGGAAAGAAGACUAAGAAAAAUAAGAAGAAUGAGGCUAGUGCUUCAAAAGAGGUGAGUGACUACAAUGGGGCAAUGCUUAAUGGGAUGGAGGAUGGUUUUGAACUGAGCAAAGAGGAUAAGAGAAGGAAGAAAGACAAGAAGAAAGCUGAAGUUUCUAGCGAUGUUGAACUUGAUGGUACUCAGAAUGAGGAUAUAGAUAUAAAGGACAUCAGUGUGCAAGAGGCGGCAAUUUUUGAAGGGAAGAUGGGAAAGAAGACUAAGAAAAAUAAGAAGAAUGAGGCUAGUGCUUCAAAAGAGGUGAGUGACUACAAUGGGGCAAUGCUUAAUGGGAUGGAGGAUGGUUUUGAACUGAGCAAAGAGGAUAAGAGAAGGAAGAAAGACAAGAAGAAAGCUGAAGUUUCUAGCGAUGUUGAACUUGAUGGUACUCAGAAUGAGGAUAUAGAUAUAAAGGACAUCAGUGUGCAAGAGGCGGCAAUUUUUGAAGGGAAGAUGGGAAAGAAGACUAAGAAAAAUAAGAAGAAUGAGGCUAGUGCUUCAAAAGAGGUGAGUGACUACAAUGGGGCAAUGCUUAAUGGGAUGGAGGAUGGUUUUGAACUGAGCAAAGAGGAUAAGAGAAGGAAGAAAGACAAGAAGAAAGCUGAAGUUUCUAGCGAUGUUGAACUUGAUGGUACUCAGAAUGAGGAUAUAGAUAUAAAGGACAUCAGUGUGCAAGAGGCGGCAAUUUUUGAAGGGAAGAUGGGAAAGAAGACUAAGAAAAAUAAGAAGAAUGAGGCUAGUGCUUCAAAAGAGGUGAGUGACUACAAUGGGGCAAUGCUUAAUGGGAUGGAGGAUGGUUUUGAACUGAGCAAAGAGGAUAAGAGAAGGAAGAAAGACAAGAAGAAAGCUGAAGUUUCUAGCGAUGUUGAACUUGAUGGUACUCAGAAUGAGGAUAUAGAUAUAAAGGACAUCAGUGUGCAAGAGGCGGCAAUUUUUGAAGGGAAGAUGGGAAAGAAGACUAAGAAAAAUAAGAAGAAUGAGGCUAGUGCUUCAAAAGAGGUGAGUGACUACAAUGGGGCAAUGCUUAAUGGGAUGGAGGAUGGUUUUGAACUGAGCAAAGAGGAUAAGAGAAGGAAGAAAGACAAGAAGAAAGCUGAAGUUUCUAGCGAUGUUGAACUUGAUGGUACUCAGAAUGAGGAUAUAGAUAUAAAGGACAUCAGUGUGCAAGAGGCGGCAAUUUUUGAAGGGAAGAUGGGAAAGAAGACUAAGAAAAAUAAGAAGAAUGAGGCUAGUGCUUCAAAAGAGGUGAGUGACUACAAUGGGGCAAUGCUUAAUGGGAUGGAGGAUGGUUUUGAACUGAGCAAAGAGGAUAAGAGAAGGAAGAAAGACAAGAAGAAAGCUGAAGUUUCUAGCGAUGUUGAACUUGAUGGUACUCAGAAUGAGGAUAUAGAUAUAAAGGACAUCAGUGUGCAAGAGGCGGCAAUUUUUGAAGGGAAGAUGGGAAAGAAGACUAAGAAAAAUAAGAAGAAUGAGGCUAGUGCUUCAAAAGAGGUGAGUGACUACAAUGGGGCAAUGCUUAAUGGGAUGGAGGAUGGUUUUGAACUGAGCAAAGAGGAUAAGAGAAGGAAGAAAGACAAGAAGAAAGCUGAAGUUUCUAGCGAUGUUGAACUUGAUGGUACUCAGAAUGAGGAUAUAGAUAUAAAGGACAUCAGUGUGCAAGAGGCGGCAAUUUUUGAAGGGAAGAUGGGAAAGAAGACUAAGAAAAAUAAGAAGAAUGAGGCUAGUGCUUCAAAAGAGGUGAGUGACUACAAUGGGGCAAUGCUUAAUGGGAUGGAGGAUGGUUUUGAACUGAGCAAAGAGGAUAAGAGAAGGAAGAAAGACAAGAAGAAAGCUGAAGUUUCUAGCGAUGUUGAACUUGAUGGUACUCAGAAUGAGGAUAUAGAUAUAAAGGACAUCAGUGUGCAAGAGGCGGCAAUUUUUGAAGGGAAGAUGGGAAAGAAGACUAAGAAAAAUAAGAAGAAUGAGGCUAGUGCUUCAAAAGAGGUGAGUGACUACAAUGGGGCAAUGCUUAAUGGGAUGGAGGAUGGUUUUGAACUGAGCAAAGAGGAUAAGAGAAGGAAGAAAGACAAGAAGAAAGCUGAAGUUUCUAGCGAUGUUGAACUUGAUGGUACUCAGAAUGAGGAUAUAGAUAUAAAGGACAUCAGUGUGCAAGAGGCGGCAAUUUUUGAAGGGAAGAUGGGAAAGAAGACUAAGAAAAAUAAGAAGAAUGAGGCUAGUGCUUCAAAAGAGGUGAGUGACUACAAUGGGGCAAUGCUUAAUGGGAUGGAGGAUGGUUUUGAACUGAGCAAAGAGGAUAAGAGAAGGAAGAAAGACAAGAAGAAAGCUGAAGUUUCUAGCGAUGUUGAACUUGAUGGUACUCAGAAUGAGGAUAUAGAUAUAAAGGACAUCAGUGUGCAAGAGGCGGCAAUUUUUGAAGGGAAGAUGGGAAAGAAGACUAAGAAAAAUAAGAAGAAUGAGGCUAGUGCUUCAAAAGAGGUGAGUGACUACAAUGGGGCAAUGCUUAAUGGGAUGGAGGAUGGUUUUGAACUGAGCAAAGAGGAUAAGAGAAGGAAGAAAGACAAGAAGAAAGCUGAAGUUUCUAGCGAUGUUGAACUUGAUGGUACUCAGAAUGAGGAUAUAGAUAUAAAGGACAUCAGUGUGCAAGAGGCGGCAAUUUUUGAAGGGAAGAUGGGAAAGAAGACUAAGAAAAAUAAGAAGAAUGAGGCUAGUGCUUCAAAAGAGGUGAGUGACUACAAUGGGGCAAUGCUUAAUGGGAUGGAGGAUGGUUUUGAACUGAGCAAAGAGGAUAAGAGAAGGAAGAAAGACAAGAAGAAAGCUGAAGUUUCUAGCGAUGUUGAACUUGAUGGUACUCAGAAUGAGGAUAUAGAUAUAAAGGACAUCAGUGUGCAAGAGGCGGCAAUUUUUGAAGGGAAGAUGGGAAAGAAGACUAAGAAAAAUAAGAAGAAUGAGGCUAGUGCUUCAAAAGAGGUGAGUGACUACAAUGGGGCAAUGCUUAAUGGGAUGGAGGAUGGUUUUGAACUGAGCAAAGAGGAUAAGAGAAGGAAGAAAGACAAGAAGAAAGCUGAAGUUUCUAGCGAUGUUGAACUUGAUGGUACUCAGAAUGAGGAUAUAGAUAUAAAGGACAUCAGUGUGCAAGAGGCGGCAAUUUUUGAAGGGAAGAUGGGAAAGAAGACUAAGAAAAAUAAGAAGAAUGAGGCUAGUGCUUCAAAAGAGGUGAGUGACUACAAUGGGGCAAUGCUUAAUGGGAUGGAGGAUGGUUUUGAACUGAGCAAAGAGGAUAAGAGAAGGAAGAAAGACAAGAAGAAAGCUGAAGUUUCUAGCGAUGUUGAACUUGAUGGUACUCAGAAUGAGGAUAUAGAUAUAAAGGACAUCAGUGUGCAAGAGGCGGCAAUUUUUGAAGGGAAGAUGGGAAAGAAGACUAAGAAAAAUAAGAAGAAUGAGGCUAGUGCUUCAAAAGAGGUGAGUGACUACAAUGGGGCAAUGCUUAAUGGGAUGGAGGAUGGUUUUGAACUGAGCAAAGAGGAUAAGAGAAGGAAGAAAGACAAGAAGAAAGCUGAAGUUUCUAGCGAUGUUGAACUUGAUGGUACUCAGAAUGAGGAUAUAGAUAUAAAGGACAUCAGUGUGCAAGAGGCGGCAAUUUUUGAAGGGAAGAUGGGAAAGAAGACUAAGAAAAAUAAGAAGAAUGAGGCUAGUGCUUCAAAAGAGGUGAGUGACUACAAUGGGGCAAUGCUUAAUGGGAUGGAGGAUGGUUUUGAACUGAGCAAAGAGGAUAAGAGAAGGAAGAAAGACAAGAAGAAAGCUGAAGUUUCUAGCGAUGUUGAACUUGAUGGUACUCAGAAUGAGGAUAUAGAUAUAAAGGACAUCAGUGUGCAAGAGGCGGCAAUUUUUGAAGGGAAGAUGGGAAAGAAGACUAAGAAAAAUAAGAAGAAUGAGGCUAGUGCUUCAAAAGAGGUGAGUGACUACAAUGGGGCAAUGCUUAAUGGGAUGGAGGAUGGUUUUGAACUGAGCAAAGAGGAUAAGAGAAGGAAGAAAGACAAGAAGAAAGCUGAAGUUUCUAGCGAUGUUGAACUUGAUGGUACUCAGAAUGAGGAUAUAGAUAUAAAGGACAUCAGUGUGCAAGAGGCGGCAAUUUUUGAAGGGAAGAUGGGAAAGAAGACUAAGAAAAAUAAGAAGAAUGAGGCUAGUGCUUCAAAAGAGGUGAGUGACUACAAUGGGGCAAUGCUUAAUGGGAUGGAGGAUGGUUUUGAACUGAGCAAAGAGGAUAAGAGAAGGAAGAAAGACAAGAAGAAAGCUGAAGUUUCUAGCGAUGUUGAACUUGAUGGUACUCAGAAUGAGGAUAUAGAUAUAAAGGACAUCAGUGUGCAAGAGGCGGCAAUUUUUGAAGGGAAGAUGGGAAAGAAGACUAAGAAAAAUAAGAAGAAUGAGGCUAGUGCUUCAAAAGAGGUGAGUGACUACAAUGGGGCAAUGCUUAAUGGGAUGGAGGAUGGUUUUGAACUGAGCAAAGAGGAUAAGAGAAGGAAGAAAGACAAGAAGAAAGCUGAAGUUUCUAGCGAUGUUGAACUUGAUGGUACUCAGAAUGAGGAUAUAGAUAUAAAGGACAUCAGUGUGCAAGAGGCGGCAAUUUUUGAAGGGAAGAUGGGAAAGAAGACUAAGAAAAAUAAGAAGAAUGAGGCUAGUGCUUCAAAAGAGGUGAGUGACUACAAUGGGGCAAUGCUUAAUGGGAUGGAGGAUGGUUUUGAACUGAGCAAAGAGGAUAAGAGAAGGAAGAAAGACAAGAAGAAAGCUGAAGUUUCUAGCGAUGUUGAACUUGAUGGUACUCAGAAUGAGGAUAUAGAUAUAAAGGACAUCAGUGUGCAAGAGGCGGCAAUUUUUGAAGGGAAGAUGGGAAAGAAGACUAAGAAAAAUAAGAAGAAUGAGGCUAGUGCUUCAAAAGAGGUGAGUGACUACAAUGGGGCAAUGCUUAAUGGGAUGGAGGAUGGUUUUGAACUGAGCAAAGAGGAUAAGAGAAGGAAGAAAGACAAGAAGAAAGCUGAAGUUUCUAGCGAUGUUGAACUUGAUGGUACUCAGAAUGAGGAUAUAGAUAUAAAGGACAUCAGUGUGCAAGAGGCGGCAAUUUUUGAAGGGAAGAUGGGAAAGAAGACUAAGAAAAAUAAGAAGAAUGAGGCUAGUGCUUCAAAAGAGGUGAGUGACUACAAUGGGGCAAUGCUUAAUGGGAUGGAGGAUGGUUUUGAACUGAGCAAAGAGGAUAAGAGAAGGAAGAAAGACAAGAAGAAAGCUGAAGUUUCUAGCGAUGUUGAACUUGAUGGUACUCAGAAUGAGGAUAUAGAUAUAAAGGACAUCAGUGUGCAAGAGGCGGCAAUUUUUGAAGGGAAGAUGGGAAAGAAGACUAAGAAAAAUAAGAAGAAUGAGGCUAGUGCUUCAAAAGAGGUGAGUGACUACAAUGGGGCAAUGCUUAAUGGGAUGGAGGAUGGUUUUGAACUGAGCAAAGAGGAUAAGAGAAGGAAGAAAGACAAGAAGAAAGCUGAAGUUUCUAGCGAUGUUGAACUUGAUGGUACUCAGAAUGAGGAUAUAGAUAUAAAGGACAUCAGUGUGCAAGAGGCGGCAAUUUUUGAAGGGAAGAUGGGAAAGAAGACUAAGAAAAAUAAGAAGAAUGAGGCUAGUGCUUCAAAAGAGGUGAGUGACUACAAUGGGGCAAUGCUUAAUGGGAUGGAGGAUGGUUUUGAACUGAGCAAAGAGGAUAAGAGAAGGAAGAAAGACAAGAAGAAAGCUGAAGUUUCUAGCGAUGUUGAACUUGAUGGUACUCAGAAUGAGGAUAUAGAUAUAAAGGACAUCAGUGUGCAAGAGGCGGCAAUUUUUGAAGGGAAGAUGGGAAAGAAGACUAAGAAAAAUAAGAAGAAUGAGGCUAGUGCUUCAAAAGAGGUGAGUGACUACAAUGGGGCAAUGCUUAAUGGGAUGGAGGAUGGUUUUGAACUGAGCAAAGAGGAUAAGAGAAGGAAGAAAGACAAGAAGAAAGCUGAAGUUUCUAGCGAUGUUGAACUUGAUGGUACUCAGAAUGAGGAUAUAGAUAUAAAGGACAUCAGUGUGCAAGAGGCGGCAAUUUUUGAAGGGAAGAUGGGAAAGAAGACUAAGAAAAAUAAGAAGAAUGAGGCUAGUGCUUCAAAAGAGGUGAGUGACUACAAUGGGGCAAUGCUUAAUGGGAUGGAGGAUGGUUUUGAACUGAGCAAAGAGGAUAAGAGAAGGAAGAAAGACAAGAAGAAAGCUGAAGUUUCUAGCGAUGUUGAACUUGAUGGUACUCAGAAUGAGGAUAUAGAUAUAAAGGACAUCAGUGUGCAAGAGGCGGCAAUUUUUGAAGGGAAGAUGGGAAAGAAGACUAAGAAAAAUAAGAAGAAUGAGGCUAGUGCUUCAAAAGAGGUGAGUGACUACAAUGGGGCAAUGCUUAAUGGGAUGGAGGAUGGUUUUGAACUGAGCAAAGAGGAUAAGAGAAGGAAGAAAGACAAGAAGAAAGCUGAAGUUUCUAGCGAUGUUGAACUUGAUGGUACUCAGAAUGAGGAUAUAGAUAUAAAGGACAUCAGUGUGCAAGAGGCGGCAAUUUUUGAAGGGAAGAUGGGAAAGAAGACUAAGAAAAAUAAGAAGAAUGAGGCUAGUGCUUCAAAAGAGGUGAGUGACUACAAUGGGGCAAUGCUUAAUGGGAUGGAGGAUGGUUUUGAACUGAGCAAAGAGGAUAAGAGAAGGAAGAAAGACAAGAAGAAAGCUGAAGUUUCUAGCGAUGUUGAACUUGAUGGUACUCAGAAUGAGGAUAUAGAUAUAAAGGACAUAAUAGUAACAGUGAAGAAGCUUGAGAGAUGUGGUAUGUACAUGGAAAUCAGUGUGCAAGAGGAGGCAACUUUUGAAGGGAAGAUGGGAAAGAAGACUAAGAAAAAUAAGAAGAAUGAGGCUAGUGCUUCAAAAGAGAAUGAGGAUAUAGAUAUAAAGGACAUCAGUGUGCAAGAGGCGGCAAUUUUUGAAGGGAAGAUGGGAAAGAAGACUAAGAAGAAGCAGAAGAGUGAGGCUAGUGCUUCAAAAGAGGUGAGUGACUACAAUGGGGCAAUGCUUAAUGGGGUGGAGAAUGGUUUUGAACUGAGCAAAAAGGAUAAGAGAAGGAAGAAAGACAAGAAGAAAGCUGAAGUUUCUAUCGAUGUUGAACUUGAUGGUACUCAUAAUGAGGAUAUAAAUUUGAAGGAUUAUGCAGAAGUGGAUGAUAAUUAUCAGAGAGAAAAGGAGAAGAGGAAGAAGAAAAAGAGAAAAUUAAAACCUGGUGAGGAUAAUGACGAGUCAAAUAAUGAGAUUCACACGGGAGGAGAAGAGAGGAGGUGCUUGCAAAUAGAUGAUGACAAGGAUUUAGGGAAUGAUAGUGAAUCUAAAUCAAGAAAAGAAAAGAAGAAAAGGCACAAGGAAGAUAGAAAGAAAGACAAAAAAGAAUCUGUUUCUUCUCCAAUGAAAGUCUGUAAAGAUAAAAAGACAGAAAAAGAUGAGGUAGUCAAGGAUCAGAAAAGUUCUCGAAAGGACAAUAUUGCUGAUAUGAAGAAUGGGGAAGAACAGAUUGAAAAGAAGAAGACACACAAAGGGAGAAAAGGCAAGGAAAUUAUUGAUUUCGAUGGAAAGAAGAGAAGUACAGCUGCAGAAGAUGUUGGGAAAGUGAGGGAGUACUGUGAUGUGGAUGUUAGUGAUAAGGUCGAAACGAAGAAGAGGAAGAGAGAGAAGAAAAAGGGUAAAGAUGAUUUGGGUGCUGGCAUGCAAGAAAUGAUGGCUGAGGAGUUUGGCAACAAAAGAAGUUUGACUGAAGAUAAAGAUUUUGGAUACAACAAUCGGAAUCAUCAUUCAGCUAGAAACAAAAUGCAGGAAAUAGAGACAAAAAAUGGUGACAAAGGUAAUAGGAAGAAGCCCAAUUCUUUUGAACCAGGUUCUGAAGAUCCUAAACCUAAAGCGAAAUCUAAGAAAGUUAGGUUUUCUGGUAAUAUAGAGGUUUUCCCUUCAUCUGAUGGUCCAAGUAAGGGGAAGGAAAAGAAUGAGGAUGAGAAAUUAGUGCAAGGUAAGCGGUUUUCACCUGAAGAAUAUGAGAUAAUUAAAGACGCUGUUUCUAACUAUAUACGGUAUAAUGACUUGGGUGAAGAUGGCCUGGCCAUGGUUUUACGCUGUGGUUCUCACCCAAAAAUAAGGCACUGUUGGAAGGACAUUAGCACCGUUUUACCUCAUAGGCCUCUUAAAUCUGUAUAUUACCGAGCUCAUAUUUUGUUUGAAAGGGCUGAAAGUCGUUCAUGGACUACUGAAGAGCUCGAACUUGUAAGAAAGUAUCAUGAACAACAUGGCCCAAAAUGGAGGGAGUUGGCUGAUGCACUUGGAAAACAUAGAUUUCACUUGAAGGAUGCAUGGUGCAGAAUAAAACUACCUAACAUAAAUAAAGGACAUUGGUCCCAGGAGGAGUACCAGAAUUUAUUUGAUUUAGUGAACAUGGAUUUGAGAAUAAAGGCUUAUGAGGAAAAGAAGUCAAAGCAUGGCAUGUUGAGAGAUAAUAUCAGCUGGUGUGCAAUUAGUGACAAGUUGUUAACUCGAAGUUAUAAAGUCGGCUACGUGAAAUGGUACCAUCAGUUAUCAUCAUCUAUGGUAGCUGAAGGGAAUUGGGCCGAUACUGAUGAUUAUCGUCUGCUUGAUACACUUUUUAGCUUGGAUGCGUGUUGCAUAGAAGAUGUGGAUUGAGACUAUCUUCUUGACCAUAGGUCUGGAGAUUUAUGUAGGAAGCGCUGGAAUCAAAUGAUCAAUCACAUAGGUGAACAUAAAAACAAGUCAUUUGCUGAACAAGUUGAAAUUCUCACAAACCGAUAUAGUCCAGAUUUACUCGAGGCAAGAGAGGCCUGGGAUAACAAACCCUUUGUUGAUUGA